AAGGGUCCUACUGUCUUGGCUGACUGACGUCACACAAAACACGUGUGUUCGGAAGACGCACGUUGGGACUGGAUCUGUGCUGAGAUCGAUUUGCUUUUUAUUGCAAUAGUUUUUAAUUUAGGUUUUGUCGAGUGAAAAAAAAACUCCGCUGUAAUGGGCGGAUUACAGAAGAAGAAGUAUGAGAGUGGAUCAGUCACUAACUAUGUCAGCAGGAAUAAAGCCCGCAAGAAGCUGAGUCUGAGUCUGGCUGAUUUCAGGCGGUUAUGCAUAUUGAAAGGAAUCUAUCCUCAUGAACCCAAACACAAAAAGAAGGUCAACAAGGGCUCAACAGCGCCUAGAACCUUCUACCUGCUGAAAGACAUCCGCUUCCUCUUGCAUGAGCCUAUCGUUGGCAAGUUCAGAGAGUACAAGAUUUUUGUGCGGAAACUGCGGAAAGCAUAUGGCAAGGCUGAGUGGAGUGGAGUGCAGAGAAUGAAAGAGAACAAGCCUGCGUACAAACUGGACCACAUCAUCAAGGAGAGGUAUCCCACGUUCAUUGAUGCUGUCCGAGAUGUAGAUGAUGCCCUUUCUAUGAGUUUUCUGUUUUCUACGUUCGCUCGCACGGGAAAAUGCCACGUUCAGACAAUUCAGCUGUGCCGGAGACUUAGCGUCGAAUGGAUGAACUACAUUAUCGCCUCACGGUCCCUGAGAAAGGUUUUUCUUUCUAUUAAGGGUAUUUACUACCAGGCUGAGGUCCUGGGACAAACCAUCACAUGGAUCAUACCAUAUCAGUUUGCCCAUGAUCACCCUACAGAUGUGGACUACAGAGUUAUGGCCACAUUUACAGAACUCUACACAACGCUGCUUGGGUUCGUCAACUUCCGCCUUUACCAGACCCUCAACCUUGUCUACCCGCCCAAGCUUGAUGGACAAGGAGAGUUCAGCCUCAAAUCAGAGUGUGAAGAAGAUUAUGCCCUGGAAUCAGAAAGCUAUUCUGAGAAACUGUCAGCGUUAAGCGCCAGCCUGGCCCGUACGGUUCCUUUAGUGGAGGAUGAGGAGGCGGAGCUGGACCUUUUCCCUGCUGAAGGGUAUAUAAGAAUGUGUUGUACACUGUGCAGGUGUUUCGGGGGACAGGUCUCCUGGGAUAAAUCACUGUGCAUCGGCAGCACUUACGAUGAAACAGACGAAACAAUCACACAUCACAUUGUGGACAGACCCACCAUCGACAAACAGUAUAUCAACAGGUACUACAUCCAGCCCCAGUGGGUGUAUGACUGCGUAAAUGGGAAGAUACUGUUACCCGUAGAGGAAUAUUUCCUGGGAGUUACACUGCCGCCCCAUCUGUCACCAUUCGUGGAGGAGAGCGAGGGAGAUUAUGUGCCGCCUGAGAAACUCAAACUCCAGGCCCUGCAGAGAGGAGAGAAGCCACAAGCAGAAGAUGAUGAUGAGGAGGAAGAAGAGGAUGAUGAUGAUGAUGACGAAGAUGAUCAAAGUGAGGAUGAAGAUGAAGCUAAUUUAGCUGAAAUGGAGGAGAAGAGAGCUCAGGGAAAGAGUCUGUCAGUAAAGGUGACCCCUGGUAAAGUCAAACCAGAGAACCGUAUGCGAGCUGAACAAGAGGAGAAAGCAGAGGAGAAGAGACUGGCUAUUAUGAUGAUGAAGAAGAAAGAGAAAUACCUCUAUGACAAGAUCAUGUUUGGCAAGAAGAGACACGUCAGAGAGGCCAACAAGCUAGCAGCUAAGAGGAAAGCUCACGAUGACUCCAACAAAGCCGACAAGAAGAAGAAGAAGAAAAAGUGCUGAUUUUUAUAUGUAUUAAAGUGCUUCUUGUGCUGUCAAGAGAUUUUGAGAAGUGUUUCUUCUCUCGUUUCAACUUAUUGCAUCAUUUAAUGGGAAUUGUACAUGAUUCACUGAACUCCAUGUGUCAUUUAAGUUUGCCCAAACUGGUUUCAGUAACACUUUUCUGCAUUUCUUAUAUCUUUGCUCAUCAGUUUUGACUGACACAUUUCUAAUAAACAUAAGAUAAUGAUUAUCUUUAAUGAAA